UCUCCUGUGUGUCCUCUCCUGUGUGUCCCACCUUGUCCAGUGUCCCUCUCACCCCUGACUGUGACGCGUCGUGUAGGUCACCCGUACCAGAACCGAACUCCUCCCAAGAAGAAGAAGCCUCGCACGUCGUUCACGCGCCUGCAGAUCUGUGAGCUGGAGAAACGCUUCCACCGGCAGAAGUACUUGGCCUCCGCGGAGCGCGCGACCCUGGCCAAGGCCCUGAAGAUGACGGACGCGCAGGUCAAGACCUGGUUCCAGAACAGACGCACCAAGUGGAGGAGGCAGACGGCGGAGGAGCGCGAGGCGGAGCGGCAGCAGGCCAACCGCAUCCUCAUGCAGCUGCAGCAGGAGGCCUUCCAGAAGACCAUCAACCAGCCGGUGGCCCCGGACCCACUGUGUCUGCAGAACAGCUCCCUGUACGCCCUGCAGAACCUCCAGCCCUGGACCGAGAACACUGCAAAGAUCAGCAGCGUGUCUGCCUGCGAGUAGCUGCUGACACGGACUCAGCCUCUGCAGGAGCCUGCAGAG